AUGUCGUGUGCAGUGUACAAUUGUAAAUCUGGUUCUCACGCAUUUGACAGAAAAAUUAAAUUAUUUUCAUUUCCACAAGAUCCGGAGAUUAAAAGAAAAUGGCUUGUUGCCUGUCGACGAACCGAGGGAGAAUUGAAGGUAGAAAAAGCACAAGUCUGCGAACUACAUUUUGGACCAGGUUACAUUGAAAACAGAGUGACUCGAAAGACAACCAAAAACGUAACUCCACGAAUGAUGAAGAGGUUGGUGAAAGGGUCAAUUCCAACUCUUCAUUUGGACUUGGAGAAAAGAAUCCAGAAAAAGACAUUCAACUUCUGGACACAAUGUCAACCAUCGACAAGUGAACCAAACCCAAAAAUGCCGUAAGAAUCGUAGUAAA